AUGGCGAUGAAGCAAAUUAUUCUCCUGAUCACAGGUUUGCUUUUCUGCCCAGAAGAGGGUAAGUUUUAAUGUCGGCAACGUAGAUGACCUGGUUUAAUCAAAGAGUUCUUAUUGAAUCGAUAUGUUUCUAUGAAGUUUUCAUUCAUAGGCCAUGAGGUUCGGUCUAGUUCUAAGUCUUUUUACUAACACACAGAGUCAAAAAAUCUGUUUCUCGCCGUAAUGGGAUAUACCCAUUGCAGAUUAAGGGACUAUUAAACGCUUUCAACAGUAUAUCUUAAGUCAAAAGGUUUUUCUGUCUUUGGAAAAGGUUUAGGGACAAUACCGUAAAGUUCCCAAAGUAACGACCCUUCGAAAGUAGCGAUAAAAUUUCACAGGUGUUAGAAAAUGCCAGCCUGUUCCAGGCGUUCAAAUCGUGGGGACAGCGCAAGAGAAGUGACCACCAUCCGAACGCCUGGAACAGGCUAUGGAACUGAUGCCAAAAGUAGCGACUUCAAAAGUGAUUUCCUUUCUUGUAUAGAAAUAACUGAAAUUAUAGUUACACUGAAGCUUCACGAAACUGAUCGGAUAUUUAUUUUUUGACGGUUAUUAUGAUCUUUGACAUUCCCUUAUGUAACUCAAAAGGUACGUUACAUCUUUCUUUUUUUUAAAGUCUUCCUUUCGUCUGUGAAUACCAAAACUGUAAUCAGACAAUUGCUGGUUUUCGGUGUCACGCCAUUCAAAAUGGGUGAGGACAAAACAUGGACCAGGGGUCCAUGGACCCCCACUUUGGACCAGGUCCAUGGACCACUUUCAUGGACCGGGUCCAUGGACCCCCUGUCAUAGACCGGGUCCAUGGACAGUUUUUUUUAAUAAUGAGAAAUGAACAAAACCAGAAAUAGUGCAAAAAUAAGGUUAAAAAAAACAACAACAACAAACAAUGCUCGAUUGAUCAGUAAUGUUUAAUUGUGCUUACAUAGUGUAAAAAAAGGGGGGGGGGGUCGAUACCUCAAGCAAAAUGAUGCUUGUUCCAAUGAAUUGUUUUCUCUGAUGGGUAGAUUAUGCUUCGGACGAAAACCUUUUGACUGAGCAAAUGUGAAUUUUUGCCGCUUAUUUCAUGCUGAGAGGUCGUGACACACAUAUUGAUUUUCUACCUCUUUUAAAUGUAAAGCUGUUUAUUGCAGCUGAUUAAAAGGGUUUUGGGUUGUUUAAUUUCUCCAAAGUGCAUCCUGGAUCUGAAUAAUUCUAAGCCACUUUCUUUUUGUCCACGAAUGUCACUUUUUCCUGCAAUGUUUUGUCACGCUGGGCCCAGGUCCUUAGCGCUUUUAGCAGGACGAUUAUAAAUUCUCACAGAUAGUGAUUUACAGAUCCAGAUCAAGAAGAAGAAGAAGUGGCAUGGAUUGUAGCUUAAACUGAAGCUACAACAGCUAUGGAGAAUUGCGAUGUGACUCAGUCAUGAUUGCUCUAAAAGCAAUGAAUUCUUAACUCCAGCUUGUUUUUCUAAGGGUGAUGCAAGUGUUUGUACCGAAGCGUGUAAUUCCUCCCUUGGUGAUAACUUUUGAAUUACUUAAUUUAACAGUCUUGCGACUGCACAUGUGCAAGCAGAGUGUACGUCAUGUAAGCACAACUAAAUAUUUGUGAUCAAUCGUGAGCAUUGGUCGACAGCGUCUCGUCAAAUCUUUUUUUGGCACUAUUUUCUGUUUUUGAGUGUCCAUUGACCUGGUGCAAAACCUUCUUAUAAAAAUUAAAAAACUGUCCAUGGACCUGGUCCAUGACAGGGAGUCCAUGGACCCGGUCCAUGAAAGUGGUCCAUGGACCCGGUCCAAAGAGGGGGUCCAUGGACACCUGGUCCAUCUUUUGUCCUCACCCAUUCAAAAUAGAUCAAAAUAAAAAUCAAAAGCUUUCAAUAGAUAAAGUCCAGAAUCUGGGAAAUAAAAAGGAGGUAAAUAUGCAAAGACCCUCGCCAAGAUUCAGGCCAGAGGAAUAUUUCGUAUAGGAGAUAUCCGAAGAAAUGUUUUCACAAAAUUAAUAGAGAUUAGUAUGGAGACAUCAUAAUGGUGCCCAUCCGGAUGGGCACCAACAUGGCGAACGGAAACCAACAGAAACAUCUGUUACCGAGUUUUGCUAGAAAACCGUGAAUUUAUUCUUCGAGGAACUCUUCAAACAUUAAAGUAAUACUUUUCCUAAUACAUGAACUGUUUAGAUAGCAAAAUUCCCUGAAAUAAGUCAUUUUUUUAACCUACAUGACAGCUCUCUUGGCCAUCAUGUAAAUGCCGCGUGACGCAAAAGCUUAGAAAUUCAAGCGUACUCUAUCACAAAACCAAGAACCCUUUUGAAGCUAAAAUUUGUUUGAAAAUUAGUUUUCUGCUGCUCUAAUACAUUGUGAAAGUAAAAUCUCGGAAGGAUCGAUAGUUUUGUAGUUUGAAUUUUAGCGGAGCUCUCGAAAAAUUUAUAUUUGAUUUUUUUCCAAAAUCUCUCCGGUCACCACUGUGCAACCAUCAUCAGCGUCUCGAAAGCCUCUCGUUCAAGGUGAGGGCGCUAGGAAUCCUGGAUUCUGAUUGGUCCCGUUGAAUCGUUGUGGCAACUUCGUUUACAAGUGUUGUUGUUGUUAAUUGUGAAUGAGUGAAACAUGGGCUUUCUGCAUGAGCGCUAACUAAUUCUGAAUUUCAUUUAUUUUUCAAAGCGUCUGCGGUCAUCUCUCUACAAACAACAACCGCUUCUCGAACGCCUUCCGAUGAAAGUGAGUAUAUUUUAGCACUUUUUUCUGUUAGCCAGUCUUAUUUCUUAGUAUUUUGAAAUGUUGCUCGGUUUAUAUGCAGCUAUGUGAGCUCGUUUCUUAUUAUUACGCAACACUGCCCGGUUUUGAGAUCACUUAAUCUAUUAAAAUUCAUCUACUUCCACAUUUGUAUUCUCAUUAAGUAUUGAACUGGCGAAUCCUUAAAGUGCAUUUAACUUUGUUCUGGUAAUAACUGGUAUUAGGUUUUAUAGCUUAACAGUCAUUACUGUAUAUGUAUAACGAAUAACAGCUUCUCUAAAAACUUCCCCACAAAGUGAGUAUACACGCAUCUUUUCUCAGUUUGAGAGCACCUGUAAUUUGAACCAACAUCGAGGAUUUUCUUUUUUCAAUUCAAAGUGGACAGACUGCAAAUUGAGGGCCAAAUUAUAGUAGUUGCUAAAAAAUAUAUCUCUACGUGUCGCAACUGUUCAUCAGUAGGAUGCCUGAAAUGCGAGCAAUUUCACAAUUGGUUUCGGCUCCAGUAAAUCCUAUACCAAUUGCAGAACAUUUUAGGAGGAGCCACCCACCAUGUGAGCACAGUCACGGACAACACAUAUUAGUGAGGAAAAAUUAACCAAAUGUACACGUCAAUUAAAUAAAUAAACAAAUAAAGCGCGCCCUCAAAAUAAAAUUGUACUCGCACACGUACCAAGAUACAACCGAAGUACAAUUCUAAGCAAUAAAUAAGUAAUGUAAGGAUACAAUGGUACUAAACAAAGGUAUCCUGAAUGCAGUUUUUGCACGUUUUGGCAAUACCUAGUGUUUCGUCUAAUUUAAAGUGUGAUGCCGAUUUUUUUUUGAAGGAUCCAUGGCCAUCACUGUACAACCACCAACAGCUUCUCAAAAACCUUCCGAUCAAAGUGAGUAUGUCUUUUUGGUCCAGGUUCAUAGUAUUUUGCACUUAAUUGCUUGGUUUUAGUCUUCCUUUAAAUUUCCGUCCAUGUUUUCAACAUCUUCCAUUAAAACUCAGCAUAACAUUUGAUCUUACAAUUAAAGUUUAUUUUUUUAAAGCCUCUCCGGUCACUACUGUACAAUCAACAACAGCUUCCCGAAGUUUUCCCGAUCAAAGUGAGUAUAUCAGUAUGUCUAGUACGCAUUUUCAUCAUUACUAUUCUUUGUACUUUAAUUAUAAGCUUUAAAAAGGAACUACUAAAACACACAUCAUCAAUUCCAGAAUUUUAUUCUUAUGAAGUACAGUGGAACCCAGUUUAUGCGGGUAUCCGUGAGAGGGGUUCCACUGUACCAAACUCAUUAAUCCCCAGCAUUUGACUUGCUGUGUUCUGGUAAUACUAAGUAUUGAUUCUUAUUUUGAAUUUAAUGUUUUUUAAGCCUUAACAGUGACCUCCGUAAAACCGACAUCAGCUUUUCCGAAGACAUCCAAUCAAAGUAAGAAGGUUUUUAUAGUCUUACACAGUUACUUAUAAUUGGACUUGGUUCUUAGCUUAGUAUUACUCAUUAUUUUGUGGUUUUAAGGCUCUGUACUUUUCACCAAAUUCGAUGUUUUUGUUUUUAUGAAUACCGUACACAGCGUAAUAAAGGAAUUUUAGAACGUUUUCGUAACGUAUUAUAUUUGGUUUAAUUUCAAAAUUUUAUAUUUCUUUCAAGUCUCUUCGGUCACCACUGUGCAACCAACUUCAGCCUCUGGAAAGCCUUUCGAUCAAGGAGAGGGCAGAAUUCUCGAAAUCCUACAUUUUGAUUGUUCCCGUUGAAUCGCUGCGGCAACAGUUCGUUUACAAGUUUUGUUGUUGUUGUUGUUUGUGAAUGUGCGAAACAUGAGCUUUAUGAGCACUAGCUAACUCUAAGUUUAUUUUAUUUUUUAAAGCCUCUACGGUCGCCUGUCUGCAAACAACAACCUCUUCUCGAACGCCUUCCAAUGAAAGUGAGUAUAGUUUUACACUUUUUCAGUUAGGCAUUCUUAUUUCUUAGUAUUUUGCAAUACUGUUCAGUUUAAGAGCUCUCACUGUUUAUUUUCAUCUGAUAAACAGAAAGUUAUCUUCAUGAUGUACAGAUUACACUAUGUAAUAUUUCAAAAGUGUUCAAAUGAUACCUAUAGACCUUGUCACGGUUUUCGACACCAUCAUGACGAGUAGGCAAACGCGUGAGAAAUUACAGUGUUUGUAUGAGAAUCUAAAGUCGAAUAAUUUUCGUAAAACGGCUGUUCUGAACAAAAUAUCAAUUGUAAACUACAGCUACAAAGCAAAGGAUUGUCCUAAAAAAAAUUGGGGGCGUACCUGUGCUUAAAUUUCUCAAGAGGCUUUCUUUAGAUUUUCCUUAUAUUGGUCUGUAAUUUUCCCGGGACUUUCCGUACAGACAAAUGCAUAGGAAAUUUUAAAAAGUGGUUCUAGGUCUUUUAGUGCAUGCAACGCCCUCAAACUUUUUCGAGAGAAUCCUUAGGAGUGAAGCUUUAGUUUGCAAAUCAUAUUUUUUUUUCAGAACAGCCGUUCUACGGAAAUUAUUCGACGUUAGAUUCUCAUACAAUCACUGUAAUUUCUCACGCUUUUGCCUACUCGUCAAGAUGGCGUCGAAAACCGUGACAAGGUCUAUUAUGAUACUUAAUACGUAGUUCUACUCGUACGUGUAUGCAGUGACAUGCAGGUACUGAGCUUCGUCUUAGCUUAGCAUUCGAGUUCAUUGUAAUUGUAAUUUGAAAAAAUGGAAAUUGUAAUUUGUUUACAUGCAAAACACUUAAACGUUCUUAUGAACUCGUUAAAACGUGUGCGUUCCAGAUCGAAUUGGAAUUUGGACUGAAGUGUUGGUUUUUGAGGAGAGGGGGAAAUCGGAGUACCCGUAGCAAGACCUCUGGGAGGAAGAGAGAGAACCAACAAAAAAUCAACCCAAAUAUGGUUUCGACGCAGCGAUUUGAAGCCGGGGCCACAUUAGUGGGAGGCGAGUGCUCUCAUCACUGCGCUACCCUUGCGCCCUUGCGUUGUUUAAGAGCUCCUGUGAUUUUCACCAACUUCGAGGAUUUUACUUUCAUGAAGUACCCGGCACAGGUAUCCUUAUAAUGCAUUUCGGCAUGUUUCGGUGAUACCAACUGUCUUCCCUUAAUUUUCAAUUCUUCAGUCUGUCUUUAUUUUGCAUCCCGCCACCAGCCUAAAAAUAGCCAGGAUAUUUCAGUUUGAUGGAUCUGCAUGCUGAAAAAAACAACUCCGAGUGCAAUUCACAAUCCUUCGACUUUCUUUUUGUUUUUCUUGUAUUCUAUACAUUCUACUGGCCUAAAUCCUUAUUAUUUUUUUAAAGUCAAAACAAUUUACUAGUUGAGCGAUUGGAGUUCCUAUUAAAAAGCUAGAAGAGUAGUGGGAAAGCAUCUCGCGAUCAUCUCGCAGAGGACAAAGUAUCGAUUUGCUUAAGUUAAAUUAUCUUUUAAUCGUGGGAACAACAAGCUAACACUUCACUCAGAGAGUCAAAGGACGCGACAUGGGUCGGCACCCUUAGUAAGCGCGCAAAUAGUCAAGGGACCAACGGUCUUACGCGGAUGCUUUUCAAUAAGCGCCAUUCCAUAGUGAGUAUGUUGUUGUAGCCUGAGUCUCCUUUUUUAAUAGCGGAGCUCCACGCGCGCGCAAAGAGCGCGCGUGCGGAGCCCCAUAGCUAAUCACGUGACCGUACACUGCCCGAGCAACCGACCUUCCGCACCACAGGCACAUCAAUAUAAAAUUAGUCAAUCAACAGGUAAACAACCCAAUUGCAACGGAAGAAAAUCGCAUGGCCGCCCGGACUUUUAGAGAGAGAAAAAAACAACAAAAAGGUUUUGUCGUUUUCGACUUUAUUUUUGAUAUUUACACUCACGUGGAUAACCACAGGCGGCCCAGACGUAGUAUGUGUCAAAUGAAUAUAUUAGUAUUCAUAUGGACAAAAUAUGAUGAGUCGUCGAAGUUCCCAUGAACUAAAAUAGUCCAAAAGUCAAAAUAUAACAAAACAAAGCUAAGAUACGUUUAACUGAACGUAUCCUUGUCUUUCCUGGCCGGUUUAAGUGGCAUUUUGUUGAGUUUUGCAGUUGUAGGUACUAUCCACUACAGAAGAAUUAAAGGCUGGCCACAAAACAAACGGACCAUCUCAACGCGCCUUCACGCGAAGCGCUAUAAAUUCUAGAAUAACUGAUGAAUCUGCUCGUUUAUUACAUUUAGGCCUUCUACAACUGCAAGCAAAUCUUGUCCUGAUGGCAGAGUGGAAAUCGCUUUGAAUUUCUCAUUGCGUAACACACGCGACAUUCCCAGCCGCUCCAAUUUCAAAAGACUUGUUUCGACAGCUGAGUUAAAAAACCGCUCUUGCCUCCGCCAUUUCUGAAUUCAGAAUAAUUCUUUCCCGCAGAACUAUGAAUUUCGCGUCUCUAGUUUUCGCGGGAUUUAAACCUCGAACGAUUGAUUGGGAAGAUUAGAACCAACAAGAUCUAAUUUCAAAAUACUAAAUAUCGUUCUUGACAACGAGGCUUGAGGUAAUAUAACAAAAAACAUAUAUUGAUUAGUACCGACUAACCAACGUAGAACAUUCUCCUACAGGCUUUGCCUUUAAAUGUCUCCAGUGCAGUGGUAACAUGGAGGAAUGUAACAGCAUGAGCGCUAAAAACGUGUCUUGUGCAAUAGGCCAGAACAGAUGCUUGAAAGUGAUGAUGAGUAAAGACGGCAAAGAAUCUGGUUUAUAUGGGUGCGCAUCUGAUCGGGACUGCAAGAUGGCUAACAAAUCUUGUGAAGCGGUCAAGAAAAACAACGCCAGGACGAACUGUAUGUCCCAAUGCUGCAACACAACGUCUUGCAAUACACCUCCACCAAAAAGUAUGGUGCCUCUCUUUGUUAUAACAUUAAAACUGAAUUUUAUUGUUGUUAAUCACACUAUAGGAUCAUCUCCAGGAUGACCGGUAGGUAGUAGGAUACAAUCUCGUUUUAAAUUAGCCCAUUACAUGCUGGUAAGUCACAUGGCACGAGAACGGCAACCUGGAGAACAAGCAACAUUGUAGAUAGAUAGAUAGAUAUUCUGUUUAUUUCACCCACUUGCAGGAAUAACUGAAUUGUUGGGGAAAGUCAUUGUCACAUACAAUUAACCAUUUACAUACAUUCACUGAAAUUUAUAAGUUACAAAGUCAUUAAUUCUUCUGGUAUGACCAUGUUGACGUCUUGGAAGUACCUUAGAAGUACCUUGGAACCUUAAGGGUCUUAUGUAUCCGUUUGAACGGGCUCGAAAGUUUAAACUCAUUUGAACCUUAGCGAAACAACCUCAUCCAGCCUCGUCCAACAAGCUCUUGACUUUCUUUCACUAACUUCGUUUCUUGCUUAUUUUGUAUCAGGUGACCAUCACAGCAAAUUUCAAAAUUUAUAAGAGGGCCAUAGUGUCUUACAGACACAAGGGAGCCUCGUUUUGCGUCUCUUUGAGGACCGCAGUCUCUGGAGGCUUCACUUUUUUCGGAAAUUAAACACUAAAACUCCACAAUAUCUUGUACUUUGUUGACAGCUGAUUAUAUAUUUAUAAGUGGGUGGGAUAUGAUUGUGCGGGUGGGUGUGGUCUAAAGAGGACUGUUGUUGACAGAGAUUGACUUUUCGACAAACUGUGCGAUAUGUCAUCUUCAGAGUCAAAAAUCAUUAAAUAUUUCAUUUAUAUCAACUCUCAGGUUACAGAUUGAAGUGCUAUAUGUGUGGAAGCGUAAAAUCAAUGGACGACUGCGUGCAAAACACUUGGUCUGGACGCUGCGUAGAAGGACAAACAAAGUGCGGCAAGUUUACCACUGAAUUGAUCAUGCAAGGAAAGAAUGUCAUGGUGUAUCGAAAGGGAUGCCAAACUGAAAUGACCUGUAAAAAGGAAAACGAUCUGUACGGCCAGGCCUGUGGGUCUGAUGACACCUGCGAAUUUCAUUGCUGUGAAGGAGAUUUGUGUAAUGCUGGCUCAUUUGCUUCUGUCAGCGUUGUGUCCCUCUUCACAUGCACUUUGCUGUAUAUUCUUUACAUCUAGGACAGUGCUGUAUGGUAGCACCAACGGUUAUGUGCCAGCUGCACGUCAUUUACAGGCAAUCAUAUUCAAGAAUAAUUUAGCUCAGCAUAUUUAAGGUAGACCCUUCCCUUUAAAAGACAUUUUUUACUGAAGACAUUACUCCGAGAAGUGUAGGUUAAGCUAAAGAAAAAAAGAAUAGCACCACUUAAUGGCUGGUAAACGUUUAUUCUUCGUGAUUUUUGUUCAGGUACCCACAACAUCGAGCACAAGCUUAAGCCGUAAAGGAAAAUAACUAGGUUAGCGUAGGUUUUUUAACAGCUGUUCAAGCUUUUAAGUCCUAAGACGUCAAAUAAAGCUAAUUAUUCUGAAUAUGUCGGGAUUCCUUUCAAGAAGCAAAUGUAAAUCCAAGGGGGUAGGUAGACCCAGGGCGCGGGCCGGGAUCCCAUCCUCGCCACGAUGAGGCUAGGAUUUUUUUUUUUUUCGUAAAUUAACUCGUUGGUUUUUUCUUCUCGCAGCCAUGUACUAAGAUCUACGAAGUGAUGUUUGAAACCC